AUGAAACAGGACAGCAAGAGAUCUAGCAAAAGAAACAACCCACCAGACAAAAGAGAAACACGAAGGAACAAGGAAGAAAAAGAAAGGAGCAAUACAGAAGACGACGAGGAGAACACUAACGGGAACCUACUCGACAAUGGAUCGCAAAAAUUAUUCGAGCAAAACGAGGUAACCAAGUUAGGCACGCUCACCUUAGGAAUAACGAAAGCCAUAAAAUACAAAAGCCAAUAUCACUUAGUUCUACCUGUUAGCGAAGGACAAAGAGAAGGGCCUACUGUAACCUUAACCCACAUAUCCACAGCUAUAAAAAACUUAUGGAUAGGACUCGCGAUGUUUAAUUACAAUACGAGCGUACUCGAGGCCACGAGACAUACACCGUACGAGGUGGUUUUCGGUAAGAUAGCGCGAAUACUUUCCAGCGCACCCUUAGCUCCUGGUGAUAAACUGGCAAGUNACGACGAGUAUUUGAUAAGUUUAGUUACUCAGCUACACAAUAUACAAAAGAAUGCACGAGAAAACGUGAUAGAAGCUAAGACUAAAUCUAAGGCAUAUUACGAUCGGAAAAUCAAUCCGCAAACUUUUCGGCUAGGAGAUCAGGUGUUUUUAUUAAAAGGGCCCAAACCUGGCAAGUUUGGAGACCAAUACACCGGACCGCACAAGGUCUUAGAAGUAUUGAAUAGAAAUAACAUAGAAUAA